AUUGGCUCCCUCCAAACAAAUUCAGUUAUAACCGUGAAUUCCCAUAAGGAUUUUUCUUUUAGUAUUUUUUGUCAUUUUCCAGGAGAAAAUAAGAGCUUUAACUACAAUAUUUGACUUUAAAAACGUGCCUUUGACUAGAUUUGUAUUAACCUAUUUUUCAAAUGUCCACGGAUUCAUUAUAAUGGGAAUGUGCUUUGUGCCUGACUGCAAGCACUACAGUGAAAAACAAACGUGCAGGUUUUUUCGGUUUCCUUUAAACAAGACAGAAAGGAAUAGAUGGAUUUCUCUUAUAAGGAGAAAAGAUAGAGGCCCUAGUCACUUCUCCAAAGUUUGUGAUUGCCAUUUUAUAGAUCAGGAUAAGAAAAAUGAACCAACAUUAUUUGAUUUUAAUAUUAACCCUGCAUCACUCGCGCUAUGAGCAUUUCGCUCAUUGUUUAUGAAAAACAACGAUCAUUUGGCAUCGUCGCGGGGGACGCGCCAAUCCCCACUUCUAGCUUACUUAUAACUGUAUGGUUUAUCUGAAGUCACUUGAAAUAGCAUAAAAACCUUUGGUCUUUUGUAAUUUCAUGACGUAUCAUAGGCGUGCGGUUAAUUAUUUAGAACGAUAAUAAUAAUGUUUUUAACAUAUAUCACAAUAAAUG